AUGACGACGCUCCGCAACUUUGCGCUGCUCGCAGCGGCGGUGCUUGCGCGGGUCGAGGCCCUCGAGGCCGCCGACUGGGCUGCGGCUGAGGCCUCAGCCAAAACCGCACUGGCAAAGAUGUCACAACAAGACAAAAUCAGCAUUGUGACGGGCAUCGGCUGGGACAAGGGUCCCUGUGUCGGCAACACGGCCGCCAUCAACUCGAUCAACUACCCGCAGCUCUGCCUACAGGACGGCCCGCUCGGGAUCCGCUUCGGCACCGGCUCGACGGCCUUCACCCCGGGCGUCCAAGCCGCCUCGACAUGGGAUACCGAGCUGAUGCGCCAGCGCGGCGAGUACCUCGGGGCCGAGGCCAAGGGGUGCGGCAUCCACGUGUUGCUGGGCCCCGUGGCCGGGGCACUGGGCAAGAUCCCGCACGGCGGGCGCAACUGGGAAGGAUUCGGGACGGACCCGUACCUGGCGGGCAUCGCCAUGGCCGAGACGAUCGAGGGGCUGCAGUCGGCGGGGGUGCAGGCGUGCGCCAAGCACUACAUCGUCAACGAGCAGGAGCUCAACCGCGAGACCAUCAGCAGCGACGUCGACGACCGCACCAUGCACGAGCUGUACCUGUGGCCCUUCGCCGACGCCGUGCACGCCAACGUGGCCAGCGUCAUGUGCAGCUACAACAAGAUCAACGGCUCGUGGGGCUGCGAGAACGACCACGCCCAAAACGGCCUGCUCAAGAAGGAGCUCGGCUUCAAGGGUUACGUCGUCAGCGACUGGAACGCGCAGCACACGACCGACGGCGCCGCCAACAACGGCAUGGACAUGACCAUGCCGGGCAGCGACUACAACGGCAACAACGUGCUCUGGGGCCCGCAGCUCAGCAACGCCGUCAACAGCAACCGGGUCUCGCGCGACCGGCUCGACGACAUGGCCAAACGCAUCCUCACCUCAUGGUACCUCCUGGGCCAGAACUCGGGCUACCCCAACAUCAACAUCAACGCCAACGUGCAGGGCAACCACAAGGAGAACGUGCGGGCGGUGGCGCGCGACGGCAUCGUGCUGCUCAAGAACGACGAGGGCGUGCUCCCGCUGAAGAAGCCAGGCAAGGUGGCUCUCGUCGGAUCGGCGGCCUCGGUCAACAGCGCGGGCCCCAACGCGUGCGUCGACAAGGGCUGCAACACGGGCGCGCUCGGCAUGGGCUGGGGGUCCGGGUCCGUCAACUACCCCUACUUUGUGGCGCCCUACGACGCGCUCAAGACGCGCGCCCAGGCCGACGGCACCACGCUCAGCCUGCACAACUCGGACUCGACCAACGGCGUAUCGGGCGUGGUGUCGGGCGCCGACGUGGCCAUCGUGGUGAUCACGGCGGACUCGGGCGAGGGCUACAUCACGGUCGAGGGCCACGCCGGCGACCGCAACCACCUGGACCCGUGGCACGACGGCAACGCGCUGGUUAAGGCGGUGGCCGCGGCCAACAAGAACACCAUCGUGGUAGUGCACAGCACAGGGCCCAUCAUCCUCGAGACCAUCCUGGCGACGGAGGGUGUCAAGGCGGUUGUGUGGGCCGGCCUGCCGAGUCAGGAGAACGGCAACGCGCUAGUUGACGUUUUGUACGGCCUGACUUCGCCCUCAGGCAAACUGGUCUACUCCAUCGCCAAGCGCCCCGAGGACUAUGGCACGGCCCCCUCCAAGGGCAGUAACGACAAGUUCACCGAAGGCCUGUUUGUCGACUACCGGCACUUUGACAACGCCAAGAUUGAGCCGCGGUACGAGUUUGGCUUUGGUUUGUCCUACACCGAAUUCACCUACGCCGACCUCUCCGUCACUUCCACCGUAACGGCCGGCCCCGCCUCAGGCGAGACCAUACCCGGCGGCGCGGCCGACCUCUGGGAGACUGUCGCAACGGUCACGGCGUCCAUCACGAACAGCGGCGAGGUGGAGGGCGCCGAGGUGGCGCAGCUGUACAUCACGCUGCCGUCGGCGGCCCCCUCGACGCCGCCCAAGCAGCUGCGCGGGUUCGCCAAGCUCAAGCUCGAGCCGGGGGCGUCGGGCGUCGCGACCUUCAACCUGCGCCGUCGCGAUCUGAGUUAUUGGGAUGCCGGGCGCGGCCAGUGGGUGGUGCCGGCGGGCGAGUUUACGGUUUCGGUUGGUGCGAGUUCGAGGGAUGUGCGCUUGACGGGGAGCUUGACUGCUUAG